GAAAUAUAAGCCCGAAUCAUCCUGAGAAAGGGCCAAAUUAGCCUUCUCCUUGUUCUUGACGUGAUUCGUGAAGCUCAAAGCAAAUGAAAGAAGAAAGUUGAUAUUGAUUUCUGACUUGAUCCUGACGACCCUUGAUCUCUCUUUCUCUUUUCCAGAGGACGAAAGACCAGAGACGCAGAAUCCAAGCACCAGGUGACACAUUAGGCUUCUGGCUCUCUCACCUGCCACGUUUGCCGCCUCCUCUGUCAUCGUGCGGCGUCGUUUGCUCCGAAAAGAAUGCGAUUGUACGGGUUCCACCUGGUCUUUCUUUGUCUCCUAGCUCUGAGCCGAUCAUCGAAACCCUAGCACUCAUUAUUCAACGACCUUCUACUUCUAGAGAGUCACUUUUUAUUUAAGACUGUCGAAUUUAAUUUCUGACGCCAGAAUUGGAGACGGAUAGAGAGGGAUCAUUUUUGGCUGAGAGUGAUCACUUUUCUAUAUGAUCACUCUCAAUUUCUUGGGAAGACAGAGAGAAUUUUUGAGGGGGAGUAGAAGAUGAUGCAGAGACGGAGUCCACCCAAGCACAGACAUGAUGGGACUUCUCCCCUGCCUUUGGGGAUGGAUUGGAGUCCUCCACCUCGAAAAUGGAAUGGGCGAGAUACCAUUUGGCCACAUGAUCCUAGAUCAGGAUGGAGUUAUUGUGUCACUAUACCUUCCUGGGUUGUUCUCUCAAAAUCAAGAAAUUCAGAUCCUGUAGUGGUACUCAAAUUGAAUCCUCCAGUGUUUAUCUGUGCCAAGGGGUUCAGGUUGGUGUGCAAUCACCGGAAGGGAUUACAACUACGCAUACAGUGUUGAGAAGAUUUAAUGAUUUUCUGAAGUUUUUUAGUAAUCUUAAAAAAUCAUUUCCAAAGAAAAAUCUUCCACCAGCUCCACCCAAGGGACUACUACGAAUGAAAAGCAGGGCACUUUUGGAAGAGAGAAGGUGCUCUUUGGAGGAGUGGAUGACAAAGCUGCUAUCUGACAUUGAUUUAUCACGUAGCGUGGCAGUGGCAUCUUUUCUUGAACUAGAAGCUGCUGUGAGGUCUUCAUUCCGGGAUGUAGAUCAGCAUUCAUCAGAGGCGAGUUCUGCUGUUGACAGCACAACUACUUCAUCUCGGAUGCCUCCACAUUCAACUUCUUCUGUUAUUGUUGGUAGCUCAUCAGUUACAUCGGAUUAUGGUAGUGAUACUGCUUAUGAGACAUCGGAUCUUGGAACACCAAGGUUAGGAAGGGACGAACAUUUUGAAAUUGGAAUGGAGGAUCUAAGAUUGGAUGAAGAUUUGAUUAAUCCAAUAGAAAAGCUUGUGAAGUAUGGCAUGUCCAACAUUGAUGAGGGGCUAUUUAUGGGACAGACUAUUCUGGAGCAGCUUGAAGGUUUUCCUAGGCACAAAUCGAAUGACAGACAUGUGAAUAAUGUCAUAGGGAAGGAUACAUAUAAUGGAAAUGCUUCUAAAGCCUUAAUUCUUGCUGGCAAUGGGAUGGAACUUUUCUCUGAAUCGGAGACUGGCGAGGUUUCUGGCCAUGCUCGAAAGUUAUCUAUUGAGAGUGUUGGAAGUGACGGAAGUUCUCUAAGAGGCAGUGAAAUAUCAAACUCUGGCAUACCAAAUUCAUCUGGUGAUGGAUCUCUUGAUCUUCAUGGGGGUGCUGAGGUUUUGAAUAUGGCAGGAAUUCUUGGCAACGCUGAGUUGCAAUUGUCACGUGAUGCACAAAUAAUGCUUCCGCUGGAUCAACGUCAUAAAAUGAGCAGAGUUCUAAUAACCAUGCAGCGGAGAUUAGCCACAGCAAAAACAGACAUGGAGGACCUUAUAGCAAGAUUAAAUCAAGAAAUAGCUGUAAAAGAUUACCUUACAACAAAGGUCAAGGACUUAGAGGCAGAACUUGAAACUACAAAACAGAAAAAUAAAGAAAACCUGCAGCAAGCUAUUUUAAUUGAGAGGGAAAGGCUUACGCAAAUGCAGUGGGAUAUGGAGGAACUGAGGCGGAAAUCAUUAGAAAUGGAAUUGAAAUUGAAGUCCAGAGAGGAUGAAAAUUCAAGUGCAGGAUUAAAAAUGGGGUCCACUGAUCAGGAGAAAGAUACAGCAUUGCAGGAGUUGGAUGCUACUAGAAAGGAGCUUGAGAAUUUGUCAAAACAGUAUGAGGAGCUAGAAGCAAAAUCAAAAGCAGAUAUAAAAUAUCUGGCAAAAGAGUUCAAAUCCCUCAAAAGCUCCCAGGCAGAACUGAAGGAGAAACUUAGUCAAUCAUUGAAAGAGAAAUAUGAAGUUGAGAAACUUCUUCAAGAGGAAAGAGAAAUGAGUAUGCAUGAGAAUAAUGCUCGAAAAAAGUUGCUACAUUAUUGCUGGACUCUUUGUAACCAGCUUAAAGAGUGCAACCUCUAUUUGUCUAACAAGGAGGAUAAAUUUAUUGUGGAUUCCUCACAGGCAGAUGCUUUAGAUUUGUUGUCUACGUCUGAUGAUCAAAUUGGCCAUCUACUUGCAGAGGCACAAGCAUUGUUUGAAGAUGGUAAAAUUUCUACAUCUGAGGAUGAUGGUAUGGAGGCAACAGAUCCAGAGUUAAGAAAGAUGCUAGCAGAUAUAUUAACUGAGAAUGCUAAACUAUGGAAACAUGUGAAUUAUGUCAUGCGUGUUGCUCUUCGUACCGGCAACACUUCUGGGAAUAGAGAUGAGCCUCCUUCAACAAAAAUUGAUAAUGUAGAAAUAUGAGUGAGUUAAAUAUUGUAUUCUUUACCCCCAUAAAAUUUUUUACAGUUUGAUCGUUACUGGUAAUCAAUCGCCUGCUUUGAAUA